CGAAUGGUUGUGUUUCAUUUAUUCAGGGUUUGUUUCAUGUGGGAUUAAUGGGAGACUCUCCGUGUUUCGUCAUCAUUAAUUUUAGAAGCUUAUCAAAAAUAUCCUUGCUUAUUAGACAAAGUUCACCUGGACUUCAAAGACAGGGUGGUUAGAAGUGCAGCUGACGAGGCCCUUUCGAAAAUUACAAGCAUCGUCGAUGUUAAAACCCUCCGAAAGAAAAUCAGAAAGAUUAGGGGAACCCACAAUAUUGCCACUGCCGUGAACACCACCUCGCUAAAGGACAUGUUUUCUACGACAUAAUUAUAUAUGUAAACGCUCGCUAAAAAAACCAGUAAUGACCGUAAAUGUCGGACUUUAAGUACAUAAAAACGAUCAAAAGUUUGCAGCUUGUGGUUGACCUUUGUGCAGUGAAACUGUUAUGCAAUGCUGGAAGUCAAUGACAGUGUAUUUUGUAAGAAGCUACCAAAAGUGGUACUAUUUCAGAGGAACAUACUGCCCCAAUCUUCAGGGCAGUGUUUUUCUCCAAAACAUUGGUAUCAACCUGCACAGCAAUCUAGCAGACCAACUUGGGCCACAAAUUACCCAUAAGGAAUUACAUGCUCAUCUUAAUGGAUCACUUAGUACUAAGACUCUGAGAGAACUUAUUGAAUUACAGAAACCACUAUCAGACAAUAGUGAUGCAACUUGGAACAUAUGGGAAGCCAUCAUAGAGCAUGGGCAGAAACGCACACUGGAAGAAUGUUUUCAAAUAUUUGGUAUUGCACAUUCACUGACAACAACACCUGCUACUGUCUACAAGGCAACACAAGAUGUCAUCAAGGAAUUUGUAGACGAUGGUGUUCGUUAUCUUGAACUUCGGAGUACGCCUCGCAAUGUGCCACAAAUCAUGUCCAAGGCUCAGUACAUUCAAGCAAUGGUGGAUGCAAUUCAAGGUAUGACGGAUGAUCAGAUUCUUGUAAAAUUGAUGGUAUCAAUCGACCGCCGACAAGGGAAAGAAUCUGCGAGUGAAACAGUCGAUGCUGCUGUAGUUGCAUAUCACCAAAAUCCUAAAAUUAUUGUGGGGCUAGACCUGAGUGGAGACCCAACGAAAGGACUGGUGUCAGAUUAUCUGCCUGUCUUGGCUCGUGGUAGGAAUGCAGGACUCAAGAUUUCCAUCCACUGUGCAGAGGUACCAAAUUCAGAUGAAGUGGAAGAGAUUUUGAAUUUUCACCCUGAUCGUUUAGGUCAUUGUACAUGCAUUCAUCCACUGCAUGGAGGAUCUCAGGAAUUAUGGAUUAAACUGUUACAUUCCCACAUUCCUGUUGAACUAUGUUUAACAUCUAACGUGAAGUGCGGAACAGUAGAAAAUUACAAGAAACACCAUUUUAUUCACCUCUUCACUGCCAAACAUCCUAUUGUUUUAGCAACAGACGACAAGGGAGUUUUUGCUACUUCCCUCUCUGAAGAAUACGUGCUUGCGGCAAAUAGCUAUGACUUGUCCAAAGAACAGCUGUGGAAAAUGACUAUGUCUAGUAUAGAUUAUACAUUUGCUUCCGAAGAGGAAAAGAAUCGCUUGAAACAAAUGUUUAUGCAGAUCAAAGAAUUGUCUGAUGUUCAAUAAACCUUGCACACACAUGACAUUGUGUGAGAUUUCUUCAUGUA